UGAAGCUUUUCUUUUAGAACAAAAUAAAUCAACCAUGAAAACCAUGGAUCAAAGUUACUAAAACAACCAGAAUCUCCCACCUCAUUCAGGGGCAUUUUCGUUAUUUCAGAGCCCACCUUCCGAAACCUAAAGCCACUGAAAGUGAAACCACCACCACCGUUUGCCAACUACCCAAAAUUAUAUAAAGAUAUAAAACGGUCGCAAUAAAUGCAAUGUCAUUUUCCCUUGCAAUUAACUCCAAAAAAUCCAUUAAUUUUUUCUUGAGUAAAAUUAAAUAAAUAAAUAAUUAUUUCUCACAUUUCCCGGAAUUGCUUCUACUACACUCCCAGUUCUGGUCUCACCAAAAACCUAACCCCAAAUCUAUAAUCCCAUUUAAAUUAGUUUGAUCAUCUAUCUCACUAUAUAUACACACCCACAUAAUUAAUUACUCAGCUGCAACUUACAUGGUUUUCUGGCUCUAGGGCUUUUGCAUUUUUCCUGUUAAUCUCAUCGUUCACAUUUCAUCACUGGGUAUUGGUUGGGCAUGGAAUUGGAGCGGCCGAGGUCGGUCAAUCCGGCCAUGACCUUCGACGAGGUCUCCAUGGAGCGGAGCAAGAACUUCGUCAAGGCUUUACAGGAACUCAAGAACUUAAGGCCCCAGCUUUAUUCAGCUGCAGAAUAUUGUGAGAAGUCUUAUCUUCACAGUGAGCAGAAACAAAUGGUACUGGACAACCUGAAAGAUUAUGCUGUACGGGCCCUUGUUAACGCUGUUGAUCAUCUUGGCACUGUGGCUUACAAGUUAACUGACCUUCUCGAACAGCAAACAUUAGACGUCUCAACCAUGGAUCUAAAAGUUAACUGUAUAAAUCAGCAACUUCUUACUUGCAAAACGUACACGGAUAAAGAAGGUCUUAGGAAGCAGCAGUUGUUGGCAUUCAUUCCAAGGCAUCACAAGCACUAUGUUUUACCAAAUUCUGCAAAUAAGAAGGUCCAUUUUGGUCCACUUAUACAGACAGAUGCUAGGCAACAUAAUUUUCAAGCUAGAGCUCGUCUGCAGCCUUCAAGUUCUCCUGCAUCAAAAACACUUUCCUGGCAUUUAGCCUCCUCAGAAACGAAGACUACUUUAAAAGGGACCUUACAAACUCCAACAAACACUGAGGAUACAAAGAAUUCUGGAAAAUCUUCUGGGGCAUUUCGUCUUUUAGAUGAUGAAAAUGGUCUGGCAACAAAUGGAGGUCCAGGUUCCAAGCAAAUAUUGGGUGCUACUCGCAGGGAUGCAUUAGAGGGAUCAAAACCUUUGACAGCUUUCAGGUCUUUUGACAACCAAAAUCGACAAAUUGUCCGUGCCCCUGCACGCAGUAAAAGUGUACUAUCAGCUUUCUUUGUCAAACAUAAAACAUCAAAGCUGAAAGCUGGUUCUGUAUCGUGAUACCUCUAGUGAAACAAGUUGAAGGAUCGACCCUGCAAAGUCUCUGACCUCUGUGGGUCAAGUAAUGAGUUUCUCACACUGCCACACUCUUAUCUUUUUGCGGAUCAGAGAUUCUUACAUGGCUAAUUAUCAUAUCAACACCUUGGAAAUCAAUUUUACCCUUCUUUCCUCCUACCCUCUUUUUGCUGCUUAACAAUAAUAAAAUUGUGCAUAUAAGUCCUGUAAUGUUGAUAUUCUAGUACACUCGUUGGUGGAUAUCUUGUUAAUGAUUGAAGUAAUGUCUUUGUGCAGAUUACUGCAUCUUUUAAAACCGUUGUUUAUGUACUUCUCUGUAUAAAUGUCUUGUCUUCAUUAAAAGAAAAUUUAUAUUGAUUAUGCUCUUUUAUUAUUA